AUGGAUUUACCAGAGAAUUGGGUUGUGCGUCACUCUCGUACCUACAACAAGGAUUAUUACUUCAACACAGUUUCAAAGGAAUCGCGUUGGGAUGCUCCUACAGUAGCAGGAGAAAUUGAUCGAGUGAGAGCUAGUCAUCUACUAGUCAAAAGCAGAGAAUCGAGAAGACCUAGUUCAUGGAGAGAGGAAAACAUCACUCGCACCAAGGAGGAAGCUUUGGAAAUUCUGACAGAAUACCAAAAGAAGAUUGAGGCUGGUCAAGAGACAUUAUCUGCUUUAGCUACUCACUUUUCUGAUUGCUCAAGUGCCAAACGUGGCGGUGAUUUGGGCUACUUUGAAAGGGGUCAAAUGCAAAAGCCUUUUGAAGAUGCUACCUUUGCGCUUCAAGUAGGUGAAUUGAGUAAGCCUGUUUGGACUGAUAGUGGUGUACAUUUGAUUUUAAGAACUGCUUGA